AAGGCGCGUGCCCGUCUCCGGUCAGCUGGAGCAGUCAGUCGGUGGAACCGGGACGAGCGCGAACCAGUCCCCCCAGUGUCCCCAUCUUCCUCAGCCACGAUGAAGCUGGUGCGGUUCAUCAUGAAGAACGCGGCUCUGGCCAGUGUCCCCAAACACAUCGAGCACUUCUCCAAGUUCUCCCCCUCCCCGCUCUCCAUGAAGCAGUUCCUCGACUUCGGUUCAAUCAACGCCUGUGAGAAGACGUCCUUCGUCUUCCUGAGACAGGAGCUUCCUGUGCGACUCUCCAACAUCAUGAAGGAAAUCAACCUCCUGCCCGACAAACUUCUCACAACCUCGUCGGUGCAGACGGUUCAGAGCUGGUACAUCCAGAGCUUAAUGGAGAUCCUUGACUUCCUUGACAAGAAUCCUGACGACCACAAAGUCCUGGGAGAGUUUGUGGACGCCUUGGUGACCAUCAGGAACCGGCACAACGACGUGGUGCCCACCAUGGCCCAGGGCAUCAUCGAGUACAAAGAGGCCUUCUCCCAGGACCCGGUGACCAAUCAGAACAUCCAGUACUUCCUGGACCGCUUCUACAUGAGCCGCAUCUCCAUCCGCAUGCUCAUCAACCAGCACACUCUUAUCUUCGACGGCACCACCAACCCGGUGCACCCCAACACCAUCGGCAGCAUCGACCCCCUCUGCCGGGUCGAGGACGUCGUCCAGGACGCCUUCCACAGCGCCAAGAUGCUGUGUGACCAGUACUAUCUCUGCUCCCCCGAUCUGAUACUGCAGGAGAUGAACAAUAAGAAGAAGAACCACUCGAUCAACAUCGUGUACGUGCCCUCUCACCUCUAUCACAUGCUGUUUGAGCUCUUCAAGAACGCUAUGAGAGCCACGAUCGAGACCCACGAGAGCAGCAACAACCUCCCGCCCAUUCAGGUCAUGGUGUCUCUGGGAGGAGAGGACAUGUCAAUCAAGGUGAGUGACAAGGGGGGCGGAGUCCCAUUUCGUAGGAUCGAGAACCUCUUCAGCUACAUGUACUCCACCGCUCCCGCUCCACAGAUAGGAGAGUACACGCGGCCUCCACUGGCUGGCUUCGGCUACGGCCUGCCCAUCUCUCGACUCUACGCCAAGUACUUCCAGGGGGACCUGCAGCUCUACUCCAUGGAGGGCCACGGCACAGACGCUGUCAUCUACCUGAAGGCGCUGUCCACAGACUCCAUCGAGAGGCUGCCUGUGUACAACAAAACCGCUCUGAAGAACUACAAGGUGAGCCAGGAGGCGGACGACUGGUGCAUCCCCAGCAAGGAGCCCCUGGACCUGAGCAACUACAAAGUGGCCAAGUGAAAGUGUCCCGCUGCUGCAAGAGAGUCUCCACAGUCUCAUGUCAUCGCUCUGCUGAGCCAGGAGGGGGCGCUCUGGUUUUUUAGCCUGUAGCUCGUUCUCGUUGUUUUCAGUCUGUGUCGUUCUGCUGCUUCUUCAUGAGAAAAUAGACAAAUAGGAAACAGAUACUAACACUCGUCACCACUGAGACUUUGGAGGUGCAGCUCCGAUGUUGUUUUUAUGCAUCAGCAGUGUUUGUGUGUGUGUGUUUUGUGUGUGUGUGUUUGUGGCAGUGGCAGCACCCAGCAUGCAAUGGGAGUAAAGAACGGUGUGACUUCCUGUCUUCUUCACGUCACCGAGGCCUUAGAGUAGCAAACUCACCCAAAGGCUCCUUCAUCGGAACAACUUGAACUAUUGAAACGAAUCCCUCUUGUUGCACGUUGGUGAGAUUCCAGUACUGUGAUACUGGGAAGUGUAGAUCUGAACAAAAUGAGCUUUAGUGAUUCCCAUGAUUUUCUUCCCUCUUGAGUCCAGAGCUCAUUCUUUCAGUUUGAGAACAGGACUUAUUGAUUUCACGUUUAGAUUCUCUAACUCUAAAUAAGAGGACAGAAGAAACCCAGAGAUUUUUGUGUGGACGUUUGUUCGCCCUUGUGAUUUUUUCAUUUCUUUAAAACCAUUGAAACCAGUGUUCCCACUAAGAGAUAAGAUACAGAGUUAUCUUAGUAUCUGUUCUUUUCUUUUUCUCCCGGACCAGGAUGAAUGUAAUUAGUCUUCCGUGCAUUAAUUAGUAUUAAUUAUUAUAUAAUAGCAGCUGCAGCAGUGAAGGGCCCAGGUUCUCUCUGCGUCUGAGCUGAUUCCACUUCAGGCUGUUGAACCACAGGAGGUUGGAGUCGGAUGGAGACAAGUCCGUCUCUGAGGGUUUGAGACACUGGGCCGUACGAGGACAAGGUGCUGUGGGUCCACAUGUGUUUUCCUUUUGUAUUAUAUUUAUCUUAAUCAUACAGUAUGUGAAAGGUUAUUUUUAUAGCUGCACAUUUGUGACUGAAACGAUUGUAAAUACUGUAAAUACAAACAAUAAAAAAAGUUCAGAACAACA